AGCACCGCAGUCGCGAUAUAAAACUCGAGCUACUCGUGGCUUCUCCAUCCAGACAGUUAUCGAGUCACACUGGAACUAGACUAAAAUUCAUUCACAGAUCGCAGUAUCGAUAAUUGUUAUCAGCAGUUAUCGAACGAGCUGGACUCGUGCUAUAGUUAUCGGGUUCGUUCGAGCGAGUGAAUUCGCUCGGAAACUUGAAAAAAGUUGAUAUAUCUAUUCUGCGUCUCGCGCAGUUGACUAAACUGUGAGGUAAUCCAGUGUCAGUGGUGGUUAGUCAAGGUUUGCCGGAGGAUUUCCCUGAAUUUUUCUACUCCACAUGAAGAGAGAAAUGAAGACAUCACUGACUUACGCCGACAGCCUCCUGAAACCAGAGAUCAAAGAUGCCUGCAAGGGUCUCGUUCUCUCGGACGAACAGCUCAGGCUGGUUAUGCAGCGAUUGACCCAUGAAAUUAAUCGAGGUUUAGCUAAGGAGACACAUGAGGAGGCCAUCGUUAAGUGUUUCACGACUUAUGUUCAGGAUUUACCUAAUGGAACAGAAAAGGGUAAUUUCCUGGCACUGGAUCUGGGUGGUACGAACUUCCGAGUUCUCCUCAUCACCCUGGACGGCCACAAUUUCGACAUGCAGAGCAAAAUCUACGCAAUCCCACAGAGUCUCAUGCUGGGAACUGGUACCCAACUGUUUGAUCACAUAGCCCAGUGUCUUGCCCUCUUCGUGAAGGACCUGGAGUUGGAGAAUGAGAUACUGCCUCUUGGAUUUACAUUCAGCUUUCCACUGACUCAGGUUGGAUUGACUGAGGGAUAUCUCGUGAGGUGGACCAAGGGCUUUGACUGCAGUGGGGUCGUCAACGAGGAUGUCGUCAGACUACUGGAGGAGGCCAUUGCCAGAAGGAAUGAUGUAAAAAUUGACGUCUGCGCCAUAUUGAAUGAUACAACAGGAACAUUAAUGUCAUGUGCGUGGAAAAAACCAGGAUGUCGGAUUGGCCUUAUUGUUGGAACUGGCAGUAAUGCAUGUUACGUGGAAAAAACAGAGAACACAGAGUGUGCAGUUCCUGGCAACUACAAUCCCGAUAAGCCAAAUAUGCUGGUCAAUACAGAAUGGGGUGCAUUUGGAGAGUGUGGCACCCUGGAUUUCGUGGUGACUGAGUACGAUCAGGCAAUCGACAGAAAUUCGAUAAAUCCCAACAAACAGAUAUUCGAGAAAAUGAUAUCAGGAAUGUACAUGGGUGAAUUAGCUAGACUCGUGCUCGAAAAACUCGUUGACAAUGGAUUGUUGUUCGGUGGCAAGUGUCCAGUGGAUCUGAAGACACGAGGAAAAUUCUUCACUAAAUAUGUCUCGGAGAUUGAAGCAGAUCCCAAGGGUAAAUACACAAAUUGCCGGGAGGUUUUGGCGGAAUUGGGUAUACGUAAUCCAUCUGAUCAAGACUGUGAAAAUGUUAGAUACGUGUGUUCAGUUGUGUCUAGGAGAGCUGCACAUUUGGCGAGCGCUGGUAUCGCUUGUUUACUUGUUAAAAUUAGUGAGGACAAUGUUACUGUUGGUAUUGACGGUUCAGUCUACAGAUUUCAUCCACAUUUUCAUGAUCUUAUGACUGAGAAAAUUAGCCAACUACAGAAGUACAAGUUCGAUUUGAUGCUGUCGGAGGACGGAAGUGGUCGUGGUGCAGCGCUGGUUGCAGCAGUAGCUGCACAAAAGCGGUGAAGAUUCACCGAUUAAUCAACAAUUUGAUAAUUAAUUGAAUUUUUAGAUGUAAAUUAAUACGAUCGAAAGAAGAGGAAAAACUGAAAAAAAGUGAAACUUAAGAUGAAGUACUUUGUUUGUCAGACUACUUGUAAAUAGAGCACAAAGAUAUGAGAUCAUUGAUUUAAAUAUUAAUACAAAAUCUUGAAUAGAUUUAAUAAUAGCCUAGGUCGUUGGCUGACGUGAAUUAGGAAUACUAGUCUGGUCGAUAUUCAGGGGAAAUGAGAAGCGAAAAAUUGUUAUGAUUUUAUUCUCAAUCCUGGGUAAUUCUGAAAGGACAAAACGAUGUCAAAGUGGAUAUUAAAAACGAAAAAACCAUUGUAAUACAGAGGAAAUAGUCGUUAUACCCCGGUUAACUUAAUUUCAUUUUGUAAUAAUUUCAAUAGUUUGUCUAUGAAAAUAACAAAAUAACUGUCGUAAAAUCCGAAAAUGACGAAUGGGCGAUGAGUGGGUGAGAGUAUUUUAUGAUUAUCCUGUGAGUAUGUGUGCAAAUGUGACUGUAAGAGGGAGAAAAAUCAACAGCAGUGAUGUUAACAACAAUUGGAUGAAACUAAUUAUUUAUUCAAUGCGAAACAGAUGAUGAAAACAAAGAAACCGACACUUGGGACGAUUUAUAAAUUAUUUGUAUCGUUAUUAAAUCCGCAUAAAUUAAACGAAAUAAACAUUAGGACAAGAUGAGUAAAAAAAAAGUAGAGUUAUUUUAGGCUUUAAACUCACAUUGCGAUCAACGAAUGAAAAUGGAAGAACAAUCAUGUCUCAUAUCGACAUACCUUUAUGUCAUCAAAGACAAAUUCAUUAUCAAGAGUUUGAUAACGAACUUACCAGUGACACUGAGUAAAUAGUAAUACGUUACGGUUAUAGAGGAGAAGUCUUCUUGAGACAUAAAGAAAAUGCCUGUUGUUACGGCUAAAAUAGUCUUGUUACCUUCCAUACUAUAAAACGUAUCUUGGACAAAAGAAAAAUCUUGCUUUAUUUGUUGACUAUUCAUUUUUAAAUUUAUUGAGUUGUAUUUCAAUGAUACCAUGCUGAGGCGUCUGAGGGGAUUAAAACGGGUGAGUAAAUUCGUUGGUAUUACUAUUCACAGAUGAAAUUAAUCGUUGUUAUAUUGAAAAUUUUUGAAUAAAAAAAUAUCGUGAAA